AUGCUAUUUAUCAUGGCCACUCUAAUUGCAUUAAGCGUUUGCCAAGGAGGGGGUAGCGGCGGAGGCGGUGGUGGAGGUGGUUUCGGAGGUAUUGGAGGUUGGAACAAUUAUCGAAUAAAAGGUUCUGGAACUGAUGAUAUUGGUUGUUUCACUAUCGUUGGAAUCUAUUCAACAAGAACAUUAAGAAUGGGUCUGAAAAAGAUAUAUCGAGCUGGUACUGGGAAUCCAAGAGAAAACCUAGGACAUACAGUGACAAUUCAACUAAAAUGGAAUUCAAAUACAAAUCAAUUUGAAGGUAAAUGGAUAAUAUUAAAUAUUAAUAUUAAAAUAGUAUCAAAAAUUAUUGUAUGUCGACCAGGUAUCGCAGCAUUAAUUAUACGAUGCACACAAGAACCAAACAAUAUUAUUAAUCGUCUCAAAUCAGUUGAACAAUUAUGUAAUUCAAUUCGUUUCUUAUCUGAUCAACAACUUGAAUAUGUUCUAUGUGAAAAAAUUUUCAAACAUAAUAAAAGAAAACAAUCGUUAAAUUCAAAUUAUGUUCAAACCGUUAUUGGUCAUGGUCCACGUGGUCCUCUAUCAGCUUCCUGGGAAAUCGGUAUUAAAAUCACACUAAAUGAUGUUUCACUAUGUCCAGUUGAUCUUCCACUAAAUGAAUCAAAAGAGAAAUGUAAUACUGGUAAAAUGCUUACAUCGUGGAAUACAGUAGUUUUAAAAGAACCGCUGAGAUAUGAAAGAGAUUCAACAAAUAGAUUUUUUCGCACAAAACGUCUACGCGAUAUCAUUAACGAGGAAAAUCUAGAAACUGUUGGUCCAUGGAUAGAAGCUGGCUGUUCUCUUUUGCCAACAAGAUGGGCGAAUCAUUCUGCUACACCACCGCCCUAUACACUUGUAGCGAUGAUUUGUCACGAUUGUACACCAACAAGACAUGGAGAAUAUCAAGAAUUAUUUGCUUGUGAAUGUUAG